AUGCCAAAGUUGGGAGACUACGAUUUCCCAUCUUCACAUCGGGCACACUCGUCUUACUAUAGGCACAUCAUGGAGAAACCCCAGUUCCACUCUGUACAAAUUUGGGAGUUGUACAAUGUGUUAAAAUUCUACAUUUAUAUUAUAACAGGUGUGUUGCAGCCACAUAAGUGGGAAAACGCUAUGACCCUGGACAGGGUCGCGUGGGGUUACCGUCGUAAUGCUCCUCUCAGUGAUUACCUCACCAUCCACGACCUCAUUACUACCCUGACACAAACUAUAAGCUGUGGAGGUAAUAUACUGAUCAACGUGGGUCCGACGCACGACGGCCGAAUACCGACCAUCAUGGAAGAACGACUACGACAACUGGGUUCAUGGAUGGACAUCAACAGUGAAGCAGUGUACGACUCCACUCCCUGGAACUACCAGAACGACACCUCCACUCCUGGAGUCUGGUAUACCACCAAAUCUGACGUGGUUUACGCUUUUGUGCUGACCUGGCCUGACAACGGAGCUCUGGAGCUGGGUUCUGUGGUGGCCACCCCAGACACCAGCAUCACCAUGCUGGGCUACCACAAGGACCCUCCCUCACUGCAGAUACAGGUUCGGUGGUUAACAUCGUUCGUUCCACUCUCUUCCAUGACACUGGCCUUCACGCGGCCAUGUUGA